AUGGCUGACUCUGACCCAAACUUGCACCCAAACGACACAUCCAUGGAUGACGAGCAUUUCUUCUGGGUAUCUGGCCUUCCAUACCACUGGACCUGGCGGAGUUUGAAAGACUAUGUCCGCGGCUUCACUGUGAACCAGCCGAGAUGGACUGAAGUUGUCGAGGCUUACCCAGGCUUGCGUGAGGGCUACUUCAGAGUCCUUGGAAAAAAAGAUGCCGACUCUGCCUACAAUCGGUUUGCAUACCGACGCAACCGGACGAACGGCAAGGGCACGCUGGUUCACGAGUGGAAACUUAGCCGCUCUGGUGUCAGUCCGACCUUGGUUCGAUGUAAUUGCUCUUCGCCGCGGGGAGGAGUCGGACCAGGCCAGCACAGCGGCCGACAGAACGGGACAAACCUGAACCUGAUCGCUCGGACGAUAAUGACCUCAGUGGCGAUGAACUCUCCCGGCGCUAGCGCUCAGAUGCCCGUGAACGCUCCCGCCAUUCGCCCUCCGAUGCUCCUGAACGCUCCCAUGCCUACGAAUGCUCCCGUCACUAGCGCUCCGAUGCCCAUGAUCGCUCCGAUGCCCACGAACGCUCUCGUCACUAGCGAUCCAAUGCCCACGAACGCUCCCGUCACUAGCGCUCCGAUGCCCAUGAACGCUCCGACGCCCACGAACACUCCCGUCACUAGCGCUCCGAUGCCCAUGAACGCUCCAAUGCCCACGAACGCUCCAGUGCCCACGAACGCUCCCGUCACUAGCGCUUCGAUGCCGGUUCCAUAUAGAUAUUGGGCAACUCCUCCUGCUAGAUAUUACUCAACUCCUGCUGGAUAUUACUCGACUCCUGCUGGAUAUUACACCACAUACCCCACGCAACCGACACAGUAUGGCUACGCGGCUGCUACAGCACCAUAUCCUGCUGUACCACAAAGUGUUCCCAUGCAGCGAUCGCCGGCAUACUCGACGACACCUGACGGCCUCUCCAUGAACAUCACCAACGGCGUAGUGCGCACUGAACAUCGAGGAAUCUUUAUCACCGGGCUGAGCUAUUCUUGCGCCGAGGCGGACUUGACUGAACUUCUAGAGAGCUAUGGUGGACGUCCCAUGCGUUGGGAGUUGCCGCGGGACCAAAGCACUAGCAAGCCCAAAGGCUGUGCGAAGGCGCAAUAUGCGAGCGCGGCCGAGGCUGCAGAUGCGGUCGAGAAGCUGAACAACGCCCUUCACAUGGGCAAGACCAUCACGGCGCGCCGUGACAAGGAGGCGACGGCGGUAGUACAGGAGCAGGGACCCGUAGUUGCUAAUGGCUCGACGAGUGCGGCACCGCCUUCUCUGACGGGCACUGCGCAGCACUGA